CCCAUUUCUCUGACAUGUGAGCCCUGUAGGAGAGGGCCUUCACUCGUCACAUGCGCUGACGCGCAUCCCCCCGGCGUGGCGUGCGCUUUGAUCUAGCUCUUCUUCUCGAAUCCAGCCCGAGGCCUUUUUCUUCUGCGGUUUCAUCCGUACCCAUCCUGCACACGAAGCCUAGAAUAGCCCUCCCCUGCUCCGCCACCUCCUCGGAUCCCGACCACCCCACCCCCACCCCAGACAACAGGUUGAUGGAGGCUAAGAUGGGACGCUUCUUCGAGUCCGUGAGCAAUUUCUUCACCGGAGGCGACCACAUCCCCUGGUGCGACCGCGACCUCAUCGCCGGCUGUGAAGGAGAGCUUGUCAAUGCUGUAAAUGAGGAACAAAGGAAUGAAAGCCUUAUGAGGUUGUCAUGGGCCCUUGUGCACUCCAGGCAGACAGACGAUGUAAACCGUGGAAUCAGCAUGCUUCAAGCUUCUUUGGAUAAUUCUGCCAGUCCUCUGCAGACUAGGGAAAAGCUGUACUUGUUGGCUGUUGGAUUCUACAGGAUUGGCGACUACUCAAAAAGCAGGCAACUUGCAGAUCGUUGUUUGGAGAUUCAAGCGGAUUGGCGGCAGGCCAUAUCGCUGAAGAAGGCAAUAGAAGAUAAAAUUGCCAAAGAUGGUCUGAUUGGAAUAGGAAUUGCGACAACUGCGGUCGGACUUCUGGUUGGUGGAAUUGCAGCUGCUGUUGCCAGGAAGAAGUGAGGCCAAUAUAUUGGAUCGGCAGCUCAUUGAACUAGGGGAGCUCCUGUCUCUGUAAUUCCAACUUUUCUGUUGUUACCUUGGUGAUAUUACAGUUGAAUUGCCACUCUUUAUAUGUACGAAGUGAUCGUAUGAUAAUGAUAACACCAUUGUGACA